AAGCAGUGGUAACAACGAGGAGGCCGCUGCUGCAAGAUGGCGGCGCAGAGGAGGAGCCUGCUGCAGAGUGAACAGCAGCCCAGUUGGACAGAUGACUUGCCAUCCUGCCAUCUCUCCGGGGUGGGCUCAGCUCCAAACCGCUCCUACAGUGCAGAUGGCAAAGGGACAGAGGGUCACCCCUUGGAAGAUAACUGGUUAAAAUUCAGGAGUGAGAACAACUGCUACCUCUAUGGUGUCUUCAAUGGUUAUGACGGCAACCGAGUCACCAACUUUGUGGGUCAGAGGCUCUCUGCUGAACUGCUGCUGGGCCAGCUUCACGCAGAUCACAGUGAUGCUGACGUGCGUCGAGUCCUGCUGCAGGCUUUUGAUGUGGUAGAAAGAAGCUUCCUGGAGUCCAUUGAUGAUGCUUUGGCAGAGAAGGCCAGCCUGCAGUCCCAGCUACCAGAGGGUGUUCCUCACCACCAGCUGCCUCCUCAGUACCAGAAGAUUGUGGAGAGAUUGAAGGUUGUAGAGCAGGAGAUCUCUGGAGGAGCAAUGGCUAUCGUCGCUGUUGUUCUCAACAACAAGCUCUAUAUCGCCAACGUUGGUACCAAUCGGGCGCUGUUGUGUAAGUCCACGGUGGAUGGGUUGCAGGUGACUCAGCUCAACGUGGACCACACGACAGAGAAUGAGGAUGAACUCUUUCGCUUCUCCCAGCUGGGUUUGGAUGCAGGGAAAAUAAAACAAGUGGGAACUAUUCGUGGGCAGGAAAGCACUCGGCGCAUUGGAGAUUACAAAGUCAAAUAUGGCUACACUGAUAUUGAACUACUCAGUGCUGCUAAAUCUAAGCCCAUCAUAGCAGAGCCUGAAAUCCACGGAGGGCACUCGCUGGAUGGGGUGACUGGCUUCUUGGUGCUUAUGUCUGAAGGGCUCUACAAAGCUCUGGAGGCAGCUCACGGGCCUGGGCAGGCCAACCAGGAAAUCGCAGCCAUGAUAGCCACAGAGUUUGCCAAGCAGACUUCGCUGGAUGCUGUGGCCCAAGCAGUGGUGGACCGUGUUAAGAGGAUCCACUGCGACACUUUUGCCAGCGGUGGGGAACGGUCCAAGUUCUGUCCCCGGCACGAAGACAUGACGCUGCUCGUAAGGAACUUUGGGUACCCCUUGGGUGAGAUGAGCCAGCCCACGCUAACACCAACACAAGGAGGCCGCGUCUACCCAGUCUCCGUGCCAUACUCCAGCUCCCAAAGCACAAGCAAGACAAGUGUCACGCUGUCCCUUGUCAUGCCUUCCCAAGGCCAGAUGGUCAACGGUGCCCACAGCAGCUCGACUCUGGAUGAAGCCACCCCCACCCUCACUAACCAAAGCCCCACUGUGACUCUCCAGUCUACCAACACCCACACGCAGAGCAGCAGCUCAAGUUCGGAUGGGGGUCUCUUCCGCUCCCGACCCACCCACUCACUCCAGCCCGAUGAAGACGGGCGCGUAGAGCCCUACGUGGACUUUGCAGAGUUUUACCGGCUUUGGAACAUGGACCAUGGCGAGCAGGGAGCGCUGACGGUGUCCUAAUGUGGAAAUGUGCCUCCUCCGACCACCCAGCGCUCGGCUGCGUGAGCAAAGACUGAGGCAGGGAUGAGAGCGCUGCAGCUGAGAGCUGUGUUCUGCCCAGAGUUAACUCCUGUCUGGGAUGUGCUGAGCGCUGGGCUGGGGAGCGUGUGCUGCGCUCUCGAAACACGUGUUGCCUGUGCCAUGCACCUCGUCCCGGCCAACCUCUGCCCCUUGGAAGCCCUGUGAAUAAGGGAAGGGGUCUUGAAUGCAACCCUCGCUGCAGGUUUUUACAAAUAAAGUUGCAGAGAGGGCUCCCUUCUGGAUAAUGCAAGAGUAGGGGCCUGUACAAAGGCUGUGUGUGUACGUGCGUGUGCCUGCGUGUGUGCGUGCUGUCAUAAUGUUUCCACAACUCGAUUCAUAAUGCUGUGAUUCCAGUGUUCAACUCCAUAGAAGAUACCUCUAUUUUGCAGAAUAAAUAACUUAUAGCUACA